GGAAGAAAGGCUUCCAAGUCAGAGCAGUACAUCAGACGUAGGGAAACUGGGGGCAGAUACAUCUGGAAGGUGACGGGCAUCAGGAGGCUACCUGCCCAAAGGACAUUGAAGAUCAAAGCUGAUGUUUUCUUUCCUUGGUAAAUUUUGCAUGACUUGGCACACAACGCACAUCUGAGAACAGCAGGUAGCUGACAAGAUUUACCCUCAAGGACCAGAAACAUGCACUGUGCCAUCCAAAAGGCAGAAGCGCUGGACGGGGCUCAUUUGAUGCGAAUCCUCUGGCAGGAUGGUGUAGAGUCUGUCUACCCCGCUGUGUGGCUGAGGGACAACUGUCAGUGUCCCGACUGUUACCUGGAUUCUGCAAAAGCACGGAAACUUCUCAUCGAAGCUCUUGAUGUGAACAUCGGUAUCAAAGGCUUGACGUUUGACAGGAAAAAGGUUCAUAUCACGUGGCCAAAUGACCACUACAGUGAAUAUGAAGCUGAUUGGCUGAAGAAAAGAUGCUUUUCACAGCAGGCCAGAGAAAAGCUCCAGAGAGAAUUAUUUUUGCCAGAGUGUCAGUACUGGGGCUCAGAGUUCCAGCUACCUACUCUGGAUUUUGAAGAUGUUUUAAAAGAUGAUGAACAUGCAUACAGGUGGCUCUCCAGGCUCAAGAAAGUCGGCAUAGUGCGACUCACAGGAGCAUCUGACAAACGAGGAGAAGUUUUAAAACUUGGGAAAAGGAUUGGUUUCCUUUAUCUCACAUUUUAUGGACACACUUGGCAAGUGCAAGACAAAAUCGAUGCAAACAAUGUGGCUUACACAACUGGGAAGCUAAGCUUCCACACUGAUUAUCCAGCCCUCCAUCAUCCACCUGGGGUUCAGCUUCUGCACUGCAUAAAGCAAACAGUCACUGGGGGUGAUUCAGAAAUUGUAGAUGGAUUUAACGUAUGCCAAAAGCUCAAGGAAAAAAAUCCUUGGGCAUUCCAGAUUCUGUCCUCCACCUUUGUGGACUUUACAGACAUUGGAGUGGAUUACUGCGAUUUCUCUGUACAAUCGAAACACAAAAUUAUAGAAUUAGACGAUAAAGGCCAAGUGGUUCGCAUCAACUUCAAUAAUGCAACUAGAGACACAAUAUUUGAUGUACCUGUUGAAAGAGUUCAGCCUUUUUAUGCUGCUCUGAAGGAGUUUGUUGACCUCAUGAAUUGUAAAGAAUUCAAGUUUACUUUCAAGAUGAAUCCAGGUGAUGUGAUUACCUUUGAUAACUGGCGCUUACUUCAUGGCCGACGGAGCUAUGAAGCAGGAACUGAGAUAUCCCGCCAUCUAGAAGGAGCUUAUGCCGACUGGGAUGUGGUCAUGUCAAGGCUUCGUAUCUUAAGGCAGAGUGUCCGGAAUAGAAACUGAAUCUCCUGUCGAUAAGAUUCCAGUGAGUGUAUUUUAUAAGAUAUGGCAAGGUUACUUGUCUUCACAGGCCAUGAGCCAUGUCAGUAACACAUUAAUUUCUUUAACACAAGAGUUCUCUUUUCUUUGUAGUCAUAUACACUGCCAACUUUUUAGAUGUUGUAGCCAUGCUCUCUCUUUUUCAAAUAAAGCAUCUCUUCUGUCCAAUUGCAUGUAUGAUCUAAUUUCUUUUGCACAUCUGUGAGAGUCUCCAGAAUACCUUCAAAUAGUUUUGUAUCAAAGUCUUUCUUCAAGUAAGGCUUCUUCUAAAUAAAGCUUUUGUUUCAAAUAAAGGUUGUGUUUCAAAUAAA